GGAACCCCCAGGUUUCAUUCUCUCCAUCUCCGCCAAGUUGCCCAAAUGGCAUCGCCUCCCUUCAGCCACUGUGUUCCCGGCCGUUUCGUUGUGCCCUGCCGACCAGGCGCUGGCUCGAGAACAACUCCUGGAUGAUCAAUGUCCGCGGGAGCAAAUACCAACCAUGGACACCCCCCAGGGCGAACCGGCUGGCAGCAAUAAUGCCCCGGUCGACGUUCACCAGCCUUUCACCAAGGCUGAGCGCAUGCAGCAACUCAGUGAGAUCGACCAGGACAUCAGCUCGCUGUUGGAGCUGACGAGCAAAGCCCUGGGCGCGCUGGUCACGUCGCCAACCGCGGCCGAGGCCAACGACUCGGCCCCGGAACCGAACAGCGCCAACGGCAGCGCCGACGCGCCACCAUCCGCGCCCGCCGCCCCGCCAACGCAGGAGCAGCGGGAGCAGCAGAGCCGCGCGUUCGAGGCGGCCUCCAACGACUUCUUCGCCACACUGCUCUCGGUUCACGUGCGCCUGAAGCGCCAGAUCUGGGGCCUCGAGGAGGCCGGCAUCAUCACGCUCAAGGACAGCGGCGCCAAGGGGACCGGCGGCAGCGCCGCGGCCGCGGCCGCCGCGGCGUCCGCUAAGGGCGGCGCCGUCGCCCCGACCAACCUCGCCGUGCCGGCGCUCGAGCCCAACGGCGUCGGCGCCAUCGGCAACCUCGACGUCGGCUGGCUCAACAGCCGCAGCAGCAAGGUCGACCGCGACAUGGAGGCAGAGCUCUGGGCGCACGCGAGGGGACAUCUGGAGGCUCGCGCCAACGCCGUGGCCGCUGCAAUUUCUGGGGCUGCCGUUGAGGGUGUCCCCGUCGACGCCCAGGGUGAUGUAGACAUGGCGUUGGCUGAUUAGAAGGUCGUCUUUGUUCACGCAUAUUCAGAUGAGUGCGGCGCCGGAUUAUAUUGAAAAUGGAUGGCGUUCAUGGGGCUUGCGUAUGAAUAUUGGAUACCCGGCAUUUUCAUUCCCGUCUUGACAACGGGCUUCGAGGCGGUCCAAGUCCAGAUGGAAUAAGGGCGUGGCUUUCGGCUCAUCUUGGCUACAAGUCACACUUUUGAAUUCACGGCAUUCUUGCCGACGAUAGAAAAGGAGUAAAGCACCCUUUUGGUGGUCAGCUCACGAGUAGCGCUACUUCCUGUAAAUCACAGAGCACUUCAGCGUUCAUUGACCUAUUACGACAGCCGGCGCUUGUCGGCUGUUCGGCUGCCUGGCUGUAAGAAAGUCGGCC